AUGGCAAACAACAAUGUUGACUGGACAUUCAUUCCGAAACGUGCCCCCUGGUGGGGUGGGUUUUACGAACGUCUGGUCGGUCUCGUCAAAACAACGCUGAAAAAGGUGCUUGGACGCGCGUUUGUGACCCUUGACGAGAUGAAUACUUUUCUAUGCGAAAUAGAAUGUGUGUUGAAUAACCGUCCUCUUACGUAUGUUUACGGUGAUGAUAAGGACGCACUAGCUUUAACCCCCGCUCAUCUGCUGCAUGGUCGAUUGUUGAACACUCUCCCACAUGUUAUCCCAGACUCUGAUGAAAUCAUGGACCCUACUUACGAAACCAGAGCGACACUUACCAAACGCUCCACAAUUCUGGGAGAAAUUCAGCGAACAUUUUGGAUUAAGUGGGAACAUGAAUAUCUCACUGCCCUCAGGGAGCGACAUGAUCGUGUCAGAACUGGUAAACUGACAAACACUAUCAAACCUGGCGAUGUUGUACUUGUUCACGCGCACAUGUUCACGCGGGCUUGA